AGGAUGCCUGCAGGCGGUGCGAGGGUAGAUCGCAGGAAUCUGGGGGUGAUUCCGAAAAUUUCGGGGCGAUCCCGUGGGCAGUAUCGACGGUCCGUGGGGGUACCGGGGAAGGGGAGGCGGCCCUGGGGGCGAUCCCGGAGGCGGUCCCGAGCUGGUCCCGGUUUCCCCACUGGCGGUCGCGAAGAAGACUCUGGGGCACUCCCUCGGUGCGCGGCCGGGGCCGGUGCCGAGAGCCCCGGGCGGUGCCAAAGGCGGUCCCGGUCUCCCGGCGGGUGGUCCCGAAGAAGACUCCGGGGCACUCCCUCGGUGAGGGGCCGAGGCCGGUGCUGGGAGCCCCGGGCGGUGCCAAGGGCGGUCCCGGGGCGGAGCCGAUCGCGAUCGUGGUGCUGGUGCCGGUGUCGGGGCAGCGACGGAGCCCGGGGCAUGGCGGGCCUGGGCGCCUCGGAACCGGGCACCGGAUCCAGUCCCGUCCCGGCCACUCGCGUGGAACUCACGGUGUCCUGCAGGCAGCUCCUGGACAGGGACACCUUCUCCAAGUCGGACCCAAUCUGUGUGCUGUACACGCAGCGCCCUGGCAGCCACCAAUGGCGGGAGUUUGGCCGGACCGAGGUCAUCGACAAUUCCCUGAAUCCUGACUUCCUGCACAAGUUUGUCCUCGAUUAUUGCUUUGAGGAGCGGCAGAAUCUGCGCUUUGACCUGUAUGAUGUGGACUCCAAGAGCCCUGACCUCUCCAAGCAUGAUUUCCUGGGCCAGGCAUUCUGCACCCUGGGGGAAAUCGUGGGCUCAGCCGGCAGCCGCCUGGAGAAGCCCCUGACCAUGUGUCCCUGCAGGAUGGGAACAGCCACCAUGCACCCCCGGGGCAGAAGACUUGCCCCAGCUGCCUCCCAUGGUGGCAUUCCGGGGAAGAAGUGUGGCACCAUCAUACUCCUCGCUGAAGAGUUGGGAAACUGCCGGGACGUGGCCACACUCCAGUUCUGCGCCAACAAGCUGGAUAAGAAGGAUUUCUUUGGAAAAUCUGACCCCUUCAUGGUCUUCUACCGCAGCAACGAAGACGGAACUUUCACCAUCUGCCACAAGACAGAAGUGGUGAGGAACACACUGAACCCCGUCUGGGCAGCCUUUGCCAUUCCUGUGCGUGCCCUCUGCAAUGGGGACCAUGACCGAGCCAUCAAGGUGGAGGUAUAUGACUGGGACCGUGAUGGCAGCCACGACUUCAUCGGGGAGUUCACCACCAGUUAUCGGGAACUGGCACGAGGCCAGAGCCACUUCAACGUGUACGAGGUGGUGAACCCCCGGAAGAAGAUGAAGAAAAAGAAGUACCUGAACUCUGGGACAGUGACACUGCUGUCCUUCACUGUGGAGGCUGAGCACACCUUCCUGGACUACAUCAAGGGCGGGACCCAACUCAACUUCACAGUGGCCAUAGACUUCACGGCAUCCAAUGGGAACCCCUCACAGCCCACGUCCCUGCACUACCUGAGCCCCUUCCAGCUGAAUGCCUACAGCCUGGCACUGAGGGCCGUGGGGGACAUCAUCCAAGACUACGACAGUGACAAAAUGUUCCCAGCCCUUGGCUUUGGUGCCAAGGUCCCCCCGGAUGGGCACGUGUCCCACGAGUUCCCACUGAAUGGGGAUGCAUCAAACCCGGCAUGUCAUGGCAUUGCGGGGGUGCUGGAGGCGUAUCAGCGCAGCCUGCGCCAUGUGCAGCUCUACGGCCCCACCAACUUUGCCCCUGUCGUCAACCAUGUUGCCCGCUCGGCAGCCACGGUGCUGGACGGAUCCCAGUACUUUGUCCUCCUCAUCAUCACCGAUGGUGUCAUCUCUGACAUGGCCCAGACCAAGGAGGCCAUUGUCAAUGCUGCCAAAUUGCCCAUGUCCAUUAUCAUCGUGGGGGUUGGCCAGGCCGAGUUUGAUGCCAUGGUGGAGCUAGAUGGGGAUGACAUCCGCAUCUCUUCCCGUGGCAAAGUGGCUGAGCGUGAUAUUGUCCAGGUCUCAACAGUAAAAAGCCCCAAAGGUGCCUUUACUGAUUGGUUUCAAAAAGAACCUUCUUUGAGGAGCUUCAGCCUCCUCCACUGAAACUUCAAAUUUCUGCCUGAUGCUCAGGACUUUGUACUGAAACAACUGCCCGAUCUCUUGAUUGCCCAACUUUUCCCCACGUCAGGUCUUACAUCUAUCGGGACUUGAACACACGAAGCCUCGGCCUAAGAAUCCAGGUCGUGCCUGACUCCCUCAGUCAGGAAAAACAACUGCCUGAUUUUUAGUUUGCCUAACCCGCCAAUUUUUAGGCUUCACUGUAUGUGGAAGUCCAUCUGGAAAUCCUUCAGUUUUUGCCUCACAAUUGUCAUGAGACCACCCCGAAGGGUUAAAAACUGUUGAGCCAGUUGGGAAAGAAAGUCUCAUGCGUAUUUAGCGUAUUUACAGAUGGUGUCUGCAGAACAUGCCAUGCUGUACUUGAAGGGGGCAUGCUGCCCUGUUCUGAACAAUGGAACUGGACUUUCUUCCAAACUUCAGGCCUGGCUGGACUGAGCUCUGGGGUGGCUCCCCUCCCCUCCAAGAGAAGACCCCUCUUGCCUGUCUUCAACCACCGUGACGGACCAACAGAGAUGCGAAUCCCCUCAUCAAAGAACCCCUCUGGCACCCUAUUGGCACCCCCCUGGCCACCUCCUUCCAGAGACUGGGACUGUACCCCCUCCCAACUCAGGGAAGGGGGAGAACCUGCCCAGAGUAAAUGUACCUGGGAGCAUUCGGCCAUGAAAACAAUGGAAUAAUUUCGGCCACCCUUCCCCCAACCAAGAACAGUAUAUCUGGGGUUCGGUUCGACUGCCUCUCUGAGAAUCUCCCCAAGACGUGUACCAGCGAGCAUCGGCGGCGGGACCCCGAAGGCAUCACACCUUGGUAGCUAUACCCCAUUCCCUAACUUUCUUUCCUCCCUUUUUCCCUUGUCCUACCCUUCUCUUCCCCGGAUCCUCUAACCUAAUGCAUAUUUAGCUGUGGUUACCAUCAAUAAA